CAGCAAGAACUCACUCCACUGUCGCAGACACGCAUCCUUUCCAUUUAGGUCCUCACCAUCCCUCCUCCUGCUCCUCCCUCCUCCCCUUCCUCCCUCCCUCCCUUCCGCGCGCCACGCGAAGCGACCACUGCCUCGGCCCAAUACACGCGACCGGCUCGUCGAAUUGAUUCUCUUGCAUGCACGUGAAGCGCGUGUAUCGCCGUCGCAAUCGUCGCCUCGUCCGCUUCUCCCUCCUCGAAUCCACCGCCGCCCCAAGUCGCGCCUGGCUCGGUGCCCCCGAGAUCACGCCCAUUGCGCUGUCCGUGCACACUCGCGUACCCGUGGCCGACCACGUCGUCAGUAUUUUAUUUGCGCGCUCUCGUCGACCGCCCGCCGGCCGCGCAUACGAACGAACAACCACGCGACAGCGUCAUACGCCCGAUUGAAGAAUACCCCAACACGGGGCCGCCGCCGCCAUGGUUUACGUCCGUCAAAAGAACCUCCCGGCGCUCCGGGAGUACAAGUACUCCGCCGUCGACCGUUCGCUCGUGUCCAAGUACAUCUUGAAGCCCUUCUACACAAAUUUCGUCAUCAAGUGCUUCCCCAUGUGGAUAGCGCCGAACCUCAUCACCCUGACCGGCUUCAUGUUCGUCGUCGUCAACGUCUUGACGCUGCUGUGGUACAACCCGACCCUCGACCACGACUGCCCCAGCUGGGUCUACUACAGCUGGGCUCUCGGCCUUUUCUUAUACCAGACCUUUGACGCCGUCGAUGGCUCCCAGGCUCGACGAACCAAGCAGUCCGGUCCCCUCGGCGAGCUGUUCGACCAUGGCGUGGACGCGCUCAACACCAGUCUCGAGGUUCUCAUCUUCGCCGCCUCCCAAAAUAUGGGUCAGGGCUGGAAGACGGUAGCGACCCUGUUCGCAUCGCUCCUCACCUUUUACGUACAGACCUGGGACGAAUACCAUACCAAGACGCUGACCCUGGGCAUUGUCAACGGACCCGUCGAGGGCGUUCUCAUCCUCGUCGCCGUCUACGCCCUCACCGGCUUCCUUGGCGGCGCCCACAUCUGGCAGCGGAGCAUGCUUCGCACCCUCGGCGUCCCCCAGGAUCUCGGCAUCCCGCCCAUGGUCUACGAACUGUCCUUUACCGACUGGUACCUGGUCCAGGGUGCCGUCGUCCUCGUCCUCAACACCGUCGAGUCCUCGCUCAACGUCAUCCGCGCUCGCCGCGCCAAGGGCGACCGCUCCCGCGGUGCGCUGCUCGGCCUGCUCCCCUUCUUCGGCAUGUGGGUCCUGAUCGUCGCGUAUCUGUUCCUCAACGAGGACAUCCUGCACAACCAUCUCGUCCCAUUUGUGCUCUUUGCCGGCCUCGUCAAUGCCUACAGCGUCGGCCAGAUGAUCACCGCCCACCUCACCAAGAUGCGCUUCCCCUACUGGAACGUCCUCGGCAUCCCGCUGGUGUUUGGCGUCGUCGACGCGCUCGGCCCCUUCCUUCAGCAGCGAUACGGCUUCGGCUGGCCCAGCUCCAUUGGCGACGGCGAGUACCAGGUCGGCUUUGUCUUCCUCAUGUUUGGCACCGCCCUCGGUGUCUACGGCAGCUUCGCCGUUGACGUCAUCGUUACCAUCUGCGACUACCUCGACAUCUGGUGCCUCACCAUCAAGCACCACUACGACGAGAGUGGUAACCCAAUCUCCAACGGCAAGACAAAGAAGUUUUAGGCAAAGACCGCGUCAGACCCUCCCGGACUGGCCGGGGAGCACGACGCGAUGCCAGGACCACGCCAUACGGGGCCAUAGGGCCGCAAGACGAGAUGAAUAGCUCAACAGAUGGCAGGUGUUGUUGAAAAGAGGUACUCGAUGCGAUCGAGUACCUGGGGAUGUAAUGGUCAGUCAUGUAAGAUGAAUUUUUGACAGCGAUGCGGCGGCGGCAGCAGCAGCGGCGGCGUGGGCGGGGAGGGAGCCCGAGGGCCUGCCACGAGCAUGCUCAAAUCUCCCCACGCUUCAUGGUGCCUCGUAUCUUUACUACUACAGUCGUUGGUUUAGCAGUACCUUAUCACGGCGCAGGCGAGAAAAGGCAGCGCACUGCUUUCGUUUUCUCCCCCGUCUACUGGGGUUGGGCCACGGAGUUUUUAGAGGACUGCCUUUCACCCCGUCUUUUUUUUUCCACGGCGGCUUCUCAUGCGCUGGGCCGGGUUCUGCAUCGGAUUUUGUUUCGGGGCGGGUGGCAGAGAGUUUCAUUUCGUUUACCUUGGUUCGAAUAGGCUUUGACAGCAGGGAGGGAGGUAUAGAGCGUUUGAUUUUCGAGUCUCACAAAGUCUCGUGUGUUUUUGGUAUGGCGAGCGAGCAAGCAAGCUUCAGGAAGGAGGAGGAGCGCAGACGGCACAGCGAGAGUAAAGGGGAGAAGACGAAGAAGAAGAAGAGUGGGACCAAAAAACGAAGGUGAGGACCAAGACGCAAGACGACAGACGAGAACGAGGAUCAAGACGAGAGAGACGAGGACAAAGACAUGACAUGACACGACCUACAUGUCAGUACGAGAUGACGAGCGGAUGGUGACGCGGGGGGGCCCAACGAGCGAGUAAAUAGCUUGCUAGUCGUCAAGAUGCCAGAGGCAUGAGCCAGAACCAGCCAGUCGUGGCACACUGCCCCAUCUCCCUUCUCC